CCUCUCCCUCUCCCUCCUCGAGACUGUUUUAAAGUCUCUGCUGGACUUGAGCUCACACGUUACUUCCUGGAUGGAUGGAGGAAUGGGAAGAGUGCAGCACCUCUCCAUCACCACCACCACCAUCAUCGCCGCCGACGCCACCUGCGACUCUCCCCUCUCCGUGUGCCCGACGAGCGCUCCCCUCGCCGCCGCAGCCGCAUGAGCGACAAGGCGCCGUGCGGACCCUCGCAGCUCCGGUCUCCUCCAACCACUCUCCCCUCUCGACACACGCGCUCCUCCGUCACCAUCUGUGUCUGACUGUUAUGCUGAUAUUCGGGAAUAUUUCGGGGGGAUUUCUGGCAGGUCAGACUCUUCUUUGGACCUCUAACUAAAGCCGUCCACCGUGCACACUCUCGGUCUGCGCCGCGUCCCCGACGCGGCUCUUUACGCAGCGAAGGCGUCGCUAAUUUGACCACCCCAAAAACAAAAACAAAAUCAAAAAAAGAAAAGGGGGAGAGAAACUCAACAGUUGUCGCUGCUUCUUGUUUGCAUGUCGACGUGCACAUCACUACAAUGUGGAGGCUACUGCGAACGUGCUGCUGCUGCUGGUGGAUUUCCUCUCUCGUGUUGCCAGCCUUCGUGCCUCUCUGGGCCGAUUGUCAUCCCGCACUGACAGGAGGCCAAGCCGAGUCCCAAGCCCCCGUCCACGGCCUUCGCAGAGCCGCGGCUGGCGGGACGCGACUCCGGAGAGCUGCCACCGAGGAGACCUACUGGGCCUACUCAGGUGUGUAUGGACCAGACGAGGGCUGGGCGUCUGCCUACCCGGAAUGCAGAGAGAGAAACCAGUCACCAAUCAACAUUGUGGACCACGACGCCAAAGUGUCCUCGGAGUUUCAGGAGCUGACACUGGAGGGCUUUGAAUCCGAGUCCUCUAAUAAGACAUCGAUGAAGAACACCGGGAAAACAGUGGCGAUCAUGCUGAAGGAUGAAUACUUUGUUCGGGGAGCAGGCCUGCCGGGAAGAUUCAAGGCAGAGAAAGUGGAGUUUCAUUGGGGUCCCAGCAACGGCUCUGACGGCUCCGAACACAGCAUCAACAGUCGACGUUACCCCGUGGAGAUGCAGAUCUACAUGUACAACUCGGAUGACUUCGACAGCCUCGGCGCAGCGCUCAGGGAGAAGAGGAUCAUCGCAGGCAUGGCCGUGUUCUUUCAGGUGGGGGGGAAGGACAAUCCUGCCGUCGACCCCAUAAUCCAUGGCCUGAAGGGUGUGGUCCAUCAUGAGAAGGAGACGUUCCUGGAGCCGUUCGUGCUGAAGGACCUGCUGCCAUCCUCGCUGGGGAGCUACUAUCGCUACACGGGCUCCCUGACCACGCCCCCCUGCAGCAAGGUGGUGGAGUGGAUCGUCUUCAGCCGACCCAUCUACGUGUCAUACAAACAGCUGGAGGCGUUCUACUCGAUCUUCACCACGGAGCAGCAGGACCACGUCAAGUCGGUGGAGUAUCUGCGCAGCAACUUCCGGCCCCUCCAGAGCCUGGACAACCGCCACGUCUUCAAGUCGGCGGUCAAAGACGCCUGGCUGCCCGACCUGACCGACAGCGCCAGUGGGCCGUACGGCACGGAGGCUUCCAAAGUGUGCAGCAGCGCCCCCUUCAACAUGAAGGUGCAGCACGUGAACGGCAGCGCCCUCGUGGUCCGCUGGGCCCGUCCGGAGGUCACCUACCAUCCGCCCAUCCUCCACUUCCUGGUGUCCUACAGCUGGACGACCCACGACGACAGCUACGAGGAGACGCACCUCACCGACGCCAAACACAAACUGGAGGCCGUCAUUUCUCCCGUCUCCCCCGAUGUACUGUACUUGUUUCGAGUCCAGGCGGUCUGCACCAAUGAGAUGCGCAGUGACUUCAGCCAGAGCAUGCUCUUCAGAGCGAACACCACCAGGAUCUUCGAGGGGACGAGGAUUGUGAAAACUGGAAUGCCGACGGUCUCUCCAGCCUCCUCAGCCGACAUGGCUCCCAUCUCCUCUGGAUCGUCUACCUGGACCUCCUCGGGCCUCCCCUUCUCCUUUGUCUCCAUGGCGACAGGCAUCGGCCCGUCCUCCAGCGGUAGUCAGGCAACGGUGGCAUCGGUGGUGACCAGCACUUUACUGGCCGGACUGGGCUUCAGCGGCGGCGUCAUCUCUUCCUUCCCGAGCUCCGUCUGGCCGAGCAGAGCGGCGAGACACAGUCCCGCCUCCGACCGGCAGACCGCCGAACCCAGCGAGCCCGCCAAAGACGCCGCUGCGGCCAGCGAUCAUGGCGAGGCCGGGGGCGAGGAUGGUGAGAGCGGCAAGGGUCAAGGAGAGGAUGGAGAGAGGGAGGGCGAGGACAGGGACGAUGAAGAGGAAGAAGAAGAAGAAGAGAAAGACCAGAAGAAGGGGAGGAAAAGAUCCGGACGGGUGAGCAAAGCAGGGAGGAAGGACGACAGCCCAGCUGCGAACGAUCCGCACGGAGACACACCAGAGUCCACGGCCAAGGAGAAAAAACAGACUGAACCAGAUGAAAUGUCCCCGGCUGUAGGAGAGCGACCGGAGGCGCACACACACAAUUCAAAUGACUCUAACCCCGCAACUGCCACAGAGGCGGCCAAUGAAACAGCAGCAUUUGCUGCCCCCAGGGCCCCCGCAACUACCCCUGAAGACUGCUCAGGGAGGCACGAGGAGCACUGGCCUUACUCCAUCCACACUGACCACCCAGCUGUGGUGACCAAUCUGACUGGCCAGACAAGGCCGGGGUCUGGGGCAGGGCUGGGUCAUGUGGAGUGGCUGGUGCCGUUGGCGGUGGUCUCCGCCCUAACCUUCCUCUGCCUCGUCCUGCUGCUGGCCGUGCUCGUCUACUGGAGGCGCUGUUUUCAGACGGCCCACUUCUAUGUGGAGGACAGCAGUUCAUCCAGGGUGGUGCCCAACGAGACGUUCCCGGUCGUCCCCAUCCCAGAUGACAUGGACGCCAUCCCAGUCAACCGGUUCAUCAAACACGUCUCGGACCUCUACUCGAAUAACCAACGUGGGUUCUCUGAAGAUUUUGAGGAGGUGCAGCGAUUCACUGCCGACAUGAAGAUCACGUCGGAGCACUCCAACCACCCAGACAACAAGCACAAGAACAGAUACAUCAACAUAGUGGCCUACGACCACAGCAGGGUGAAGCUGAGGCUGCUGGCGGGGAAGGAGUCCAGACACACCGGCUACAUCAAUGCUAACUAUGUGGACGGUUACAACAAGCCCAAAGCCUACAUCGCCGCCCAGGGGCCUCUGAAGUCCACCUUCGAGGACUUCUGGCGGAUGGUGUGGGAACAAAAUACCGGCGUCAUCGUCAUGAUCACCAACUUAGUGGAGAAAGGGCGGAGGAAAUGUGACCAGUACUGGCCGACAGAGAACAGCGAAGAGUACGGCAACAUGGCGGUCACACUGAAGAGCACCAAGGUCCACGCCUGCUACACCGUUCGCCGCUUCUCGUUGCGCAACAGUAAGGUCAAAAAGGGUGGGAAGGGGAACUCUAAGGCCUGGGCCCAGGGUGAACGGACAGUGCUCCAGUAUCAUUACACCCAGUGGCCCGACAUGGGCGUCCCGGAGUACACCCUGCCCGUCCUCACCUUCGUGCGCAGGUCCUCUGCCGCCCAGAUGCCUGAUAUGGGACCUGUGCUUGUUCACUGCAGUGCUGGAGUGGGUCGGACCGGGACAUACAUCGCCAUCGACAGCAUGCUGCAGCAGAUCAGGGACAAGAGCGCAGUCCAUGUCCUCGGCUUCCUCAAACACAUACGCACCCAGCGCAACUACCUAGUCCAGACUGAGGAGCAGUACAUCUUCAUCCACAAUGCCUUGAUGGAAGCCAUCUUGGGGAAGGAGACAGAAAUGGCAGCUGGCCAGCUUCACGGCUACUUCACCAGCAUCUCGACACCGGGGCACACGGGCCGGACACGUCUGGAUAAACAGUUCAAGCUGGUGACACAGUGCAGCGCCAGAUUCAUGGACUGCCUCAACGCUCAGAAGGAGUGCAACAAAGAGAAAAAUCGAAAUUCCUCCGUGUUGCCAUCGGAGCGGGCGAGAGUCGGCCUCGCACCUUUGCCCGGCGUCAAAGGCAGCGAUUAUAUCAACGCCUCUUACAUCAUGGGGUACUACCGGAGUAAUGAAUUUAUAAUUACCCAGCAUCCCCUGCCCCACACCACAAAAGACUUUUGGAGAAUGAUCUGGGACCACAACGCGCAAAUUAUUGUUAUGCUGCCGGCCAACGACGGACUGGCGGAGGACGAGUUUGUGUACUGGCCCAGUCGCGAGGAGGCCAUGAGCUGCGGGGCGUUCACCGUCACCCUCAUCAGCAACGACAGGCUCUGUCUGUCCAACGAGGAGCAGAUCGGCAUCCACGACUUCAUCCUGGAAGCUACACAGGAUGACUACGUGUUAGAGGUUCGACACUUCCAGUGCCCCAAGUGGCCGAACCCCGACGCGCCCAUCAGCAGCACCUUCGAACUCAUCAAGCUCAUCAAAGAGGAGGCGGCCGCCCGCGACGGGCCGACCAUCGUCCACGACGAGUUGGGAGCGGUGUCGGCCGGCACGCUGUGCGCCCUCACCACCCUGUCCCAGCAGCUGGAGAGUGAAGGCGCCGUCGACAUCUACCAGGUGGCCAAGAUGAUCAACCUCAUGAGGCCGGGAGUCUUCACAGACAUUGACCAGUACCAGUACCUAUACAAAGCCCUGCUCAGCCUCAUCGGCCCCACAGAGAACAGCUUGGGUCUCCUGGCCGGGGACACUAACGGGACCACGGCGUCCAUGUCCGACCAGGCAGAGAGCAUGGAGUCGUUGGUGUGAGAGCAGGCCCCCCCGCCCCCUCGGAGGCCCCCGGGCUGGGCCGAGCUGAGGCCGUCCUGUGGGACCCCCCCCCCACGACACCCUACGAGGUUCCCGGACCCACAGAGGUGGCACUGAACUUUGUCAGACGUCGAGGAACUUAUCGCGGACGAGACUUUUUCGAGGCCUUUUUCUUGCCAGACUCUUGGUUAAAAACGAAUAACCUGAUUACUUUUUUACACGGAUAAAAAGUUUUUGAUAUUUAUUUUUUUUCGCCAUUUUAUGUCUUAACGUUUCUCCUACUGAAGGGAUUGCACCUGCAACGUUUUUUGAGUUUCACGGCGGCGCUGGUGGGCAACGAGAAACACUUUUCUGUCUUUUCUUGUUUGCACUAUAUAAUGUCAGUGUUACUGCCUAUACUAAAGCUGACUCCCUUGGCUUUUCCUCACUUGAGCUCUGAAUUCUUUUUUAAUUUCAAAUUCUUUUGACAUUCCACGGCUUCGGCCCUAAUUCAACCAACUGCUUCUGUGAAGGACAUUGUUCUACCUGACACCGGGUCCAUUUAAAGCAGCCGGCGGAGGAAGUCGCCAACUCUCGGCCUCGGUCACAAAGUGCUGGUGGACCUCAGCGCGCCGUGACCUCCUCCACCCUGCUCAUCUUGCUCCCAUCACCACUCGCUCAUCGCAAGAACCCACAUCCUCGGAGGCGACUGUCGCAGACGGGCGCGUGUUUGCUGAAAGUAAUAUCCUCUCCGCUUUUCCUUUCUGUCAUCCUCUCCUUUUAGUGAGUCACACCCAUGUUAGAAUACCUUAGGUGGUGUAACAACUGCUACUGUGAACUUUUAUUACUGUUAUUUCUUUGUAUAAUUCAUAUUAUGCUUUUUAAUAUAUGGAAAUACUGUAUGUAUACAUAUAUAAAUAUAUCCUUAUCAUAAUAACUUUGUGAUUUUCGUACAUGUUCUUUGCGGCCUCCCGCCACAGGCCGAUUGAUUUCCCGACAGCUUACCGCUCCGGCGCUCGCGGCGGACUCCCUCAGUCCUCUACGUUCUUGUAUGCUGCUAAGCCAUCGAAUCUCUCGCACACACAAGUGAACACACACAGGUGCCACCGGUAGACAUCAUCAUUCGAAAACGUCUGACAAAUUACAGCAGAUGACGCAUCCUCUUGUCAUUUUCACAUCAUUGCUCCAGUCUCGAUUUUUUCCGUCUUGACAGACGAGCCACAGAGCGAGAACACGACGACCUUUACCCACAUGCUGUGUGUGUGUGUGUGUGUGUGUGUGUGUCAUUAUAGGGUUGAGUAAUGACAACCUCUAUGCAACAAAUUGCUUAUGUUUUGGAAAUGAAACAGGGUCUCAAACAGUGUCGAGUCCAGAUUCGACUGUUUUUAUCUCCACGUCUUUUAACGUUCAUAAUGAUACGUUCUAGCCUACGUGUCAUGAUGAUGAAGACUAGCACACAUGUUUAGGAAUAUUUCCUUCGUGGAUUUGCCUCGAUUAUUUAAUUUGGACGACUGAAGCUGGUGCUUUUCUUUAAAGCCACAUCCUGUUUGUGAUGCUUUAUUCCUGAUGAAUCAAAACCGAUGCGAUGCGUUCUCCACCAGUCUGCCGCUUUCUAGGGUUGAAAACUGAUAAUUACUGAAAAAUUUCCUGACUAUUUUCAGAAUGAGAAAUAUUUGAUCGAUUGCAUGGGAGCAAUUGGUCACGGAUAGCGGGAGCGAAUGUGACCAAGCUGCAUGCACGUCCGGCGCGUGCGCUCUUCGCCGGGUCCUGUAUCGGCUCCCAUGCGGUGUUUUUACAGUGUGGUGGAUUUCCACAUCGCUCACGUGCCACAACAUCAAUUAACGCCAAACGAGUCCGACCCAACUUCGCGAAAAGGGAAGUCAUUUCACAAUUCCAACCUUUAGACUAUGUCUUUAAACAAAAGAUUGCCUCAUCGUUCAUUUCAAAUGUUCUACCCAAAGGGGGUCUUCGCUUUCGACAUAUUUUGGUUUAUUUUUCUCGCUGGAAUAAUGUGACAAUAUUAUAAUGGAUUUGAUAAGACCCAUUACCCAACCCUGCUCACCAGCCGCUGUGUCUCUAUUUGAGUCAUUGUCGUCCAAGUCUAGGAAAAGAGCGAAUCCACGAAGGUGUUAGUCUUUCCUUCACUGCGUCCCGAUUUUCGCCGGCCUGGUCCGUGUGGUGGAUGAAGACCCCCGCCUGCUUCUGAUGGGCUAGUGCUCAUUGCCUCUGUUGAUUGGACUGGUGGCGUUCAGGCACGAAGAGUGAUGACUGGUUAGUGUUUCAGGCUGAGAAUAUCAGAGUAGGGUCUCCGGGGUCUUCAGCGGAGAAGAAGAAAGGCCCGAGGGCUUCUACUGUAGAAAUGAACAAUUCAAAAGUAGUUGCAAUUGUAUUUUCUAAAACAAUGGGGAGCGUAGUCUUCUUCAAACAUUUAGGAAAGUAGUGCAUUUGCUGGGGACUAUUUUCUGUAGCGGAUUAGUACAAUAGGGGGACAAUAGGUACAACUGAGAUAUUUCAGACUUAGGACACAUAAACAAUAGUUUAAAUUGGAUUUUUAGACAAUAAAGCAUUUAGAAGAUA